GUCAUAAGUUGUGAAAAGCGAAAAAGAAAAAGGUUCAUAGUAGGAAGAAAUAUCAAGAAGAUUUGUGAAGCUAGUCAAGCCAGAUUAGUGGGGGCUUUAGGCUUUUUUCAGGUUGUAUUUUUGUAGAAUUUUGGAAAUCCAAACAAAGGAACUUAUUAGAUACUAAGAUAAAGCAAAAAGUAAAAGGAAUAAUAUCAAACUGAUACACACAACCCUAUGAAAAAUUCAAGUACACAAUUUCUGAUGGAUACAUGACCGUGAAAAUCGAACUUCCCAUACUCUCUUUUUGCAUAAAUAUUUUUUCAAUUAUCAAGAAAGAUAUUGCAUUGGAUAUGGUGAGAAGAAGAAGAACAAAUCUAUUUGCUUCCUAAAAGAAAAAGAAACAUUUUAAAGUAUUUUUGGAAAAAAAUAAUAGAACUGAAUUCAAAAAGUGUUCAAUAACCUUCUAGUUCCUUUGAAGAGUCACAUCCUUUAGUUGAGUUCCAACACUCUGGUCUCUCUGCCCAUAAUCCUUAAUUCUAUCUAUUUUAGUAUUUUAAAAAAUACCAAUAAAGUUGUUGUUUCUCUUUAAUUAGAAAUAAUAUACAAUAGUUAGUUAAAUAGCCAUCCAUUUAUAGGUCUGUGAUGUAUUCAUAUUUUUACAAACUACAAUAAAGAUCAAUAGUUUUGUGAUUUUAACAUCAUUAGACUAUUUAGUAUAUAAUAAUUAGAAUAUAUUAGCUAUAGAUUUUACAUGGGAGUUAUGUUCCCUGGUCUGGUCUCGUUUAAGGAUAUCAUUUUGUACGUUAAAGAAGAAAAGAAGAAAAUAUCCUUAUCCCUUUCGUGUUUAUUUGUUCAUUACAAAAACCACCAAAACGCACCCACCAACAUCCCAAAACGCAAACGCUAAAACACGUAGCUGUCGUGGACUAGUGUCAAUCACUCUUGAGUGUCUCUUCUUUUGUCAGCUUCUCUCUCUUUCUUUCUUUCUUUCUCUCUUUCUUCUCUCUGAUCUUUUAAUAAAAGAUAGCAACAUCUAAAAUAAGCAAAACCACAUUUUCGUUCCUCUCUUCUCCUCUGUCCUUUCUAUUUCAAAAGAGAGAUGAGCAGAAGCAUAUCUUUCACUGUCUGAGUAAGAGGAAACCAAACCAUAAUGGAGUUGUUAAUGGGCUCGGGUCAGGCAGAGUCGGGUGGUUCUUCUUCCACAGAGUCUUCUUCACUCAGUGGUGGACUCAGGUUUGGUCAGAAGAUCUACUUCGAGGAUGGAUCCGGAUCCGGAAGCAAGAACCGGGUCAAUACGGGUCGUAAGUCGACAAUGACGGCGAGGUGCCAAGUGGAAGGUUGUAGAAUGGAUCUAAGCAAUGUAAAAGCUUAUUACUCAAGACACAAAGUUUGUUGCAUUCACUCUAAAUCAUCUAAAGUCAUUGUCUCUGGUCUUCAUCAAAGGUUUUGCCAACAAUGUAGCAGGUUUCACCAGCUUUCUGAGUUUGACUUAGAGAAAAGAAGUUGUCGCAGACGACUCGCUUGUCAUAACGAACGUCGAAGAAAGCCACAACCCACAACGGCUCUUUUCACUUCUCGUUACACUCGAAUCGCUCCAUCUCUUUACGGAAACCCCAAUGCUGCAAUGAUUAAAAGCGUUUUGGGAGAUCCUACGGCGUGGUCAACCGCAAGAUCAGUGAUGCGGCGGUCUGGACCGUGGCAGAUUAACCCGGAAAGGGAAAGCCAUCAAAUUAUGAACGUUUUAUCACAUGGAAGCUCAAGCUUUACUACAUGUCCAGAGAUCACAAACAACAAUAGCACAGAUUCAAGCUGUGCUCUCUCUCUUCUGUCAAACUCAAACCCAAUUCAACAGCAGCAACUUCAGACACCAACAAAUUUGUGGCGACCAUCUUCUGGUUUCGACUCAAUGAUCUCAUUCUCUGAUAGGGUUACAAUGGCUCAGCCACCGCCCAUUUCAACCCAUCAUCAAUACCUCAGCCAAACUUGGGACGUCAUGGCGGGCGGAAAGAGCAAUUCACAUUAUAUGUCUCCUGUGAGUCAAAUCUCUGAGCCAGCUGAGUUCCAGAUAAGCAAUGGCACCACAAUGGGCGGAUUUGAGCUGUCUCUUCAUCAGCAGGUUCUGAGGCAAUACAUGGAACCCGAGAACACAAGAGCUUAUGACUCUUCUCCUCAACAUUUCAAUUGGUCUCUUUGAGUCUAAUCUCUUUCACCUUUUAUGAUCUUCAUCAGCAGGUUGCUACUAAGAUCUUAUCAAUUAUCUGAUGUAUGCUACUUAAAACCAGGCAAUUAUCUGUUAUUUUAAUGGCUUUUGAUCUUUUUAAGAAUUUUGGUUUUAUUGACGA